CGUUGAAUAAAGCACUGAAGUAAACCGGGGCAUAUUCUCAUCCUGCUGGACCGUCGAAUGAUGCUUCACCUGUAUUACCUUUUACACACUCUGACCAUGCUCAGGUGCCUUGCGAAAGCAAAUGAAACUACAACCGUCCGAAAUCAAAUGCCCAAUCACUCGCUCCGUUAUAUUUUCGGCCCAGAGGAGAUGGGACUAUUGGAAGCCAGCAAUUUCUGUCGCAAGUGGAAGGGCUUUAUAGUCAGAGACGUGAAGCCGGUGUUGUUGGACCUUAUGGGUCUUCCGGGCAGACCAUUUUGGUACAAUGGGUCCAGGAUACUCAACGGUUAUUUCAAUGUUCUACCUAUGUUAACCUCAAUGGGAUCUCGAUUCACCUCUCGUGUGGAUCGUCGUUGCAAUGUGUUUCGUGGUUACGGCAUAAUCGCACCAGUUCCAUGUCACUUCCGUGCGCUACCUUGGUGUGAAAUCAGCGUCAUUGGACAACGUGAAUUGCAACGCACCCAUCCAAAGAAAUGGGUUCGAAUGGCUUGA